AUGGACGACGCGCCGACGGAGUCGAGCGGCGCCGCCGCCCCCACGACCUGGCGCGUCAAGGGCAAGCGGGGCGUGCUCGUGCGCGAGGCCGUGUCCCUCGACAGCGCUCUCGUCGGCGAGCUGCCGCACGGCGCGCUCGUCGAGCUCUUCGACGAGGCGAGCGCCGUCGUGUCCGCGCGGCUGCGCAUCGUCGCGCCCGUCGACGGGUGGGUCACCGCGCGGCUCCUCGAGCCCGUCGCGCGACAACAACCCGUUGGUCCGUCCACCGGCCCGCCGCCGGCGCCGCCGCCGGACGCCUACGCCUGGGUCGCGAACCUGGAGGUGCCCGCGGCGUACGAGGGCCCCGCGCUCGGCGGCGGCGCGGUCGACGGCGCGUUCAUCGACGCGGCGCUGAUUCAUCUCAGGUCCCAGAAGUUGUUGGACCGGCGGUCCGUGCUGCUGAUUUUGGCACAAACGCGCCAGCUCCUCGCCGCGGAGUCGACGGUCGUCGAUCUGGCGAUCCCCGCCGCCGCGCCCCACUACACGGUCUGCGGCGACGUCCACGGCCAGUUCUACGACCUGCUCAACAUCUUCGAGAUGAACGGGCUGCCGUCGGCGGCGAACCCCUACGUCUUCAACGGCGACAUGGUCGACCGGGGCUCGUUUUCCUUCGAGGUCGCGAUUUCAUUGUUCAUGCUCAAGGCGCGCGACUCCUCCGCGGUGCACCUGAACCGGGGCAACCACGAGACGCGGACCAUGGCCAAGUUCUACGGGUUCGAGGGCGAAAUCCUGCACAAGUACGACCGCGCGGUGCUCGACCUAUUCCACGAGUGCUUCUGCCUAUUGCCCCUGGGGUGCGUCAUCGAGCGGCGCGUCAUCGUCGUCCACGGCGGCUGCCCGUCGACGGACGACGUCACGCUCGACGACAUCCGCGCCAUCGACCGCGACGACGAGCCGCCGGAGAUCGGCGUCUUCUGCGACCUGCUCUGGUCCGACCCGCAGCCCCUCGACGGCCGGACGCCGUCGCGGCGCGGCGUCGGCCUGUCGUUCGGGCCGGACGUGACGCGCGCGUUCCUGGCCAAGAACGACCUGGGCCUGCUGAUCCGCUCCCACGAGGUCCGGGAGAACGGCUACGAGGUCGAGCACGGCGGCGCGCUCAUCACCAUCUUCUCCGCGCCCAACUACUGCGACGCGGUCGGGAACAAGGGCGCGCUCAUCCACCUCGGCCGGGACCUCGCGCCGAAAUUCACGACCUUCGAGGCCGUGCCCCACCCGCCCGUCCGGCCCAUGGCCUACAGCGCUUUCGCGCAGUUUACUUAG